UCUGUCUUGAGUAGGUAUGGAGGCGGGUAUGGAAGACAUAAGUGGGGUCGGCCGUCAUAUUGCAACUUGUUACUUGUUAGAUUGUUUGAUUGGGUCCCAGUCCCACCCUUUAGGGGUGAUAUGAUAUCUCAGUCGUCCAACGUCCAGAUCUCUUCCGGGCGUACUACUCUAACCCUGAUCUGAUCCGCUCCCAAAUCCCCAUCGGCAGCCUCAGACCACCGCUUUUUGUUGAUGUUGUUUGUGUUUUUAUAUUACAUACGGAAGAAGAGGAAGAAAAAGGAUUAUAUAGAUAGACGACCCGAAAAAAAAAUAAAAAACAGAAGAACCCAGAUCCUCUGGUAAGGAACAAAAGAAACUCUGACGGCCUUCGUGGAAAUGGGUCCCACAUUCCACGAUUCUAAGAGAUAGAUACCAAAAGAAGAAGAAGAAAAAAAAAAAAAAACUAUAGUAAAUUUCAAGAUCUAGCGCCAACCCAACCCUACGUUUGGUUUUCGCAUCUCCUCAGCCUCUCUUUUCUCAGCCUCUCCUCUCCUCUUUCUGACCAUUCGAUAAUCAAGUUCUUUAUAGGCGCACCAUUUUCUUAAUAUUUUCUGUGUUUGCUUUCAACCCUUUCUUUCUAGUUUAAUUUCAAUUGAUGUAAUAUUACUAUUCGUCUUCGUGACUCAGAUUCUUCAUUUCUGGGUCUUUUUUUGUUGUUUUUGUUAUAAGGUCCAAUCUCCAAUCUGGUUUCGGGUUAUUUUCAGGAUCUAGUUUUGGUGGCGCUUUGUCUGGACUUGUAUCUGGGUUUUAGUCCUUUAAAGGUUUUUUUGUUUUGCUUUGAUUUGAUUUGGUUUCUGGGUUGGUGUUCUUUGGUGUGUUCUUGUUCUCUAUCAAUGGGCGCUUUGGAUGAGGGACAUUUCUGUGCUGAGCUUGAAAAUGGAGUUGGACUGGGUUGUCCUGAACUGGGAUUUGAGGAAGAGCCGGAGACGAUAGCUAUUGAAGAUGCCGUGAAAGUUUUGCUUCAUGGUUUGGGAGAAGAUGUUAACAGAGAAGGUCUCGUAAAGACUCCUCUUCGCGUUGCCAAGGCCCUUAGAGAAGGAACCAGAGGUUACAAACAAAGGGUGAAGGACAUUGUUCAAGGUGCUUUAUUCCCUGAAGCUGGUUUGGACAAUGCAGUUGGUCAAGCAGGAGGUUCUGGUGGGCUUGUGGUUGUUAGAGAACUUGAUCUCUUCUCAUACUGUGAGUCAUGUUUGCUCCCAUUUCAGGUCAAGUGUCAUGUGGGUUAUGUCCCCUCAGGUCAACGGGUUUUGGGAUUAAGCAAGCUUUCUCGGGUAGCGGAUGUGUUUGCGAAACGUCUUCAAGAACCGAAGCGUCUUGCAGAUGAAGUGUGUAUGGCUCUGCAUCAUGGCAUCAAGCCCGCAGGCGUUGCUGUCUUGCUUCAGUGUCUGCAUAUCCAUUUUCCAAACCUAGAGUCAGUCUUUCUAAAACCAAACCACAAAGGAUGGCUGAAGUCACUGGUUUGCUCAGGUUCAGGAGUUUUUGAAAACGAAAAUGCCGAAUCUUGGACUGACUUUCUGAGCCUUCUCAAAUGCAGAGGAACAAAUGUGGAUAGAACUUCCACGAGGCACUCAAAUGAACAGUCUUGGUGCCCUUCCCAGUCUUAUUCUUGUGCCAAAACAUCCUCCAAGAUUGAGCCUGUCAAUCAGGCAAUGGUCACAGGAGUAACUUCAAUUCUUAGGUCACUAGGUGAAGACCCGUUAAGGAAGGAGCUUUUAGGAACUCCUGCCCGUUUUGUUAAGUGGUUGAUGAACUUCCAAAAUACAAAUUUGGAGAGGAAGCUGAAUGGAUUUGCUUUUAGCCGGGUGAAUGCUGUUGAGACUGACAAGGAAGCAAGUGGCAAGGAAAAACAAAUACAGUCCGAGCUGGAAUUGCCAUUCUGGUCUCAGUGCGAGCAUCAUUUACUUCCUUUCCAUGGCGUUGUGCACAUAGGAUAUAUGGGUGCAGAAGGUCUCGAUCCCAUCGGGAAGUCCCUUUUGCAGUCGGUGGUACAUUUCUAUGGUUUCAAGCUGCAAGUACAAGAAAGAAUCACUCGGCAGAUAGCGGAGACUGUAACAUCGUUUUUAGGCGGAGAUGUUAUCGUGGUUGUGGAGGCUGACCACACAUGUAUGAUCUCUAGAGGGAUUGAGAAGGUUGGAAGUAGUACAGCGACAAUUGCUGUAUUGGGGCGAUAUGCUACUGACUCUGUUGCGAGGGCUAUGUUUUUGCAGAACUUACCAAGACCUACAGCUUGUGAAGAGUGAUUGGCCUAGCCUCAAUCAUAUACUCUUAGCCUUGGGAUUAUCUUUUCAAGGAUGGCAUGAAGAUCGUUUGGCAAUUGCUCUGUUUAGAAAGCUGAGGAUCCUAAAUUUUGGUUCUCUAUCAUUUUACCUAAAUUUUGAUGCUUAUUAAUUGGUUUCCAUCUGUAGCAUAAACCUCGGAAAAUCCUGACGCAUGUCUUUGCUUAGGAUAUUGCUUUUUUAUAUACUGCUAGUGCAUCCCAGUUCUCUUCCAUGACGCACGUCGUCGUUCUUGUACCUACCAGACCAAUAUACGAAACAUUCACACACUUUGUACCCCGUUUGUUUUAUUGGAAAUAACAAUAUGAGUUCUUAUAUA